CGGAACGCGAACCAGCCCGCGUUAUUUCUACUCGCAGUAUUAUUAUGGAGUAUCGGGUUGCAGCCGGAUCAUGUUUCCCCAGUCAAUACGGAGUUGAGUGUUAUUCGCCGAUCUCCGAGUAUCAGAUGAGGAAAAGGCUCUUUAGCUUAGCAGACGAAUUAUGCCGAACAUACUAUGAAUGAGCUAUUGGGAUUGUUUGGCUACGAGGAUAAGGUAAAUAGCACCGACACAGAAAAUCUCAAUCUCGAAAACUACACGGAAAACAACGAUAGUGACGCCCCGACGUCUGAGGUAAACGGUGACGUUAAAGAUAAGAAAAGACGUCCAUCUGAAAGACUGAAGUCGUCACUCCGGCGCCGGUUAUUGCCCCUAGAUGACAACGCCUUAGCCCAACAGCACAUGAACCUUGUAACAGCUCUCAAAAGGAGAGAACUAGAGGAAGCUGGGGCAUCUGCAGACGCUGAAUCUCGGGCGGAAAACGAAUCUAGUCAGGAGUGCGCUUGGUGCCGGAAACCAGGAAACAAGCAAAUUUCAUUGGAUACGCCGACUGGUUCCAAAGUGUUUUGUAGCGAGGUUUGCUUUACGCAGUGCAGGCGAGCUUCAUUCAAAAAGAGUAAGACAUGUGACUGGUGUAAACACGUUAGACAUACCGUGAAUUACGUAGAAUUUCAAGACGGUGAAACACAAUUACAGUUUUGCAGUGAAAAGUGUUUAAAUCAAUAUAAGAUGAGCAUAUUUUGUAAGGAAACACAGGAACAUUUACAAAAAAUGAGCAAGAAAGGGGAUGAUUCUUCCGGAGGAAAAGACGAAGAAAGGGAAAUACUGAUCACCCCGGAGUUGUGGAUGCGCAGUGAGCAAGCACGGAGAGCAGCGGAAGCACGCGAAUCAGCCCGUGAGCGCGAGCGUCAAGAACGCCGCGAGGAUAGAGAAAACUGUAGAAAAACGUUCUCAGUAAGUGCAGAAAAACUUUCAUCACAUAAAAUUAACAAUAAAAGUGACAUUUCCGAAAAAUCACGACUUUCUCUGCUUGACCGUAUAAAAAGUGAAGCUAAACACAAACGCAGUUUUUCAGAAAGAGAACCAGAUAGAACAAGUCCAGCACGGUCUGAACCACAGGCUGCAUCACCGUCCCCAAAAAGCGAAACACCCUUCCCAGCCCAUAUGCUUCAUCCUUCGAUAGCGAUGGCUCCAUGGCUACAUCAGGCGCAUCUUAUGGGAGCGUUUCCCCCAGGCCUUAUGCCAUAUAGUCAUAUGCCGCCAGUGAUGCUUGCUGGAUUUAUCCCGCCACCGCAAGGGAAUGUUGUUGCUGAUAACCGAGAUAAGGAAGAACCCGAACAAGACAGAAGAACGAGUAAGAAAGAACAUACUACAAGGCAAAAUCAUUUUGGCUUAUUAAGUCCGCAAGUGUCGGGUUCUACACAGCGUCAUGAAUCGAGAAUUUUACCCAGUUUAAACGAACGCAGAACGAGCAGCUUAUUUCCGGUAGAUUUCCCACAAUUCUUUCCCGGGCAGACUGGAUCAUCUACGGCUGCGGAAGCAGCGGAACAACCAUCUGGAAUACCCGGCAUUCCACCUGUAACAGUGAUGAUUCCAAUUCCUGUGCCGUUGCCACUUCCGGUCCCUAUACCAAUACCGAUACCGCUAACAAUGAAUCAACUAACAUCAUUUUUUGGAAACACUGAAAAGAGCGAAAAUAAUGACAAACUUGACAGCACAUCGCCUUUGCCCAAAAUAAACGUAGAAACAACAAAAGGGUCAAGAUCGCCACUUCCUGUUUACAUUCAAAGUCCAAAGUCAGUCACUUCCGCCGGAAGUGAUUAUAACGCGUAUGAUAAGCUCGAAGGUAGAUCUGGAAGUAGGAACUCAUGCCCAGAUCUUUCGUUGUAUGUAAACGUUAGUGAUUCUAGAGUCAGACGAAGUGAAAGUCAUUUGUACAAAAGAUCUAGGACUCCGGAGUCAAUGAGGUCACUCGAUUUGUCACGGACUUCGAAAAUACCAAGAUACGAGUAUAACUCAGUGACUUCGGAUUCAAAUGAUGGGGUAAUUGACUUGUCUUCUACGAGAGAAAAUGGUCACAGAUCUGAGGACAAUGCGUCUGAAUGCAGUGUCGUCAACGGGAAUGUGAAUGAAGAAAGUAGUUUGUCACGUGACGAUAAUGAUAACUAUACGGAGGAUGGCCCACUUGUGCCAAAGAUACAUAUAAUUACGCAUAGAAAUGAGUCCCCUUUGAAUCAACCUCUACCACUUCCGCCAACAGAAAAUUCUUACUCCUCCAGAAGGGGACUUAUUCUUGAUGCUCCUGUCAUUGCGAAGAAAUCGAGGAGUCCUUCGCCGGAAAGGCGUUCGUAUGUAAGAAAUGUCCCCCGUGAGAUAAUUGAAGCAGCCAGACGGCGCUGCAUGAGGGCGAGAAUAAGGACAAAGUAAUUUUUUCAAGACAGUUGUCACAGUGGUUUUGUGGAGUAAGCUUCCGACAGGAUCAUAAUAAGCAUAUCUAUAGUGAUCAAACUCAGAAUAUUUCUAUGUAUUUCUAUAUAUGGAGGUUCGUCAAUGGCAAAACUUGAUCAGGGAGUAAGAAUGUUGUAAAAUAACAAAAGGACAAAGCAAUAUGUAGAACUGUUAUUAUAUAUCUUAUAACUUCUUUGUACUUGUAUGUACCCGUUAGAUCCAAUUUGAAGAUAUGUAAAUUUUGUAAAUAAGCCAUAUUGUAUUUAAUAAAAUGUUACGUUUUUUGUCUUUCA